AUUCAUAGCGCAACCGCUCAUAACGUGCACUGACGCAUAGACGAGAUAGGGAUCAGCGAGAGAGAGACAGAGAGAGAGACAGAGAGAGAGGGUUGGAUUAGGGCACUGACAGCCACCUCAGUCAAACAGUUGAGAGACACACGGUCACAACCUGCUGAGGGGGCAAAACUAACGGGACCGGAAAGUCUAAAUCCAAUCCAGAUCACCUCUUAACCGGUUAGGGAGAGAGGACCACCGACCACCUCGAGACCCCGCAUUGAUUGAAAAGAGGGCAGAGUUGGAGAGUAAAACAAUCCGUUUUGAAAAAUAAGUCAAAUUGAUCUAUCCAGCCACCCUAUACUCUGAACCAUGGAGCGCAAAAUCCCUGACUUCGCUGGUACCUGGAAGAUGAAGAGCUCAGAGAACUUCGAGGAGCUUCUCAAAGCGCUGGGUGUGAACGUGAUGCUGCGUAAGAUAGCGGUGGCAGCAGCCUCCAAGCCGUCGGUGGAGAUCACCCAGGAGGGAGAGACUCUGUCCAUACGAACCUUCACCUCCGUCAGAACCACCCACGUCACCUUCACCGUGGGAGAGUCCUUCAACGAGGCCACGGUCGACGGACGCCCCUGCACGAGUCUUCCAAAGUGGGAGACAGACAGUAAGAUCUGCUGUGAGCAGACUCUGCAGAAAGGGGAGGGACCUAAGACCGCUUGGACCCGAGAGAUAACCAAUGACGGCGAGCUCAUUCUGACCAUGAGUGCGGACGAUGUGGUGUGCACCAGAGUCUACGUACGAGAGUGAUAGAGAAGACAACUCUUCAUCCUUCCAUCUCUCUCACCACUUACUCACUCACUCACUCCACAAACCCCCGGCCAGAAUGGGCAGGGUGAAAGCAGCUUGUAGAAUCUAGUUUAACUCCAGUAUAUCUGUCACAAAACCAUGGGAUUGAACCCAAUCUAGUUGACCUAUAUCUUUUAAAGUCAGUCUUGCCAAUGUUCUGUCCACUUACUCAGUGAGGUUGUAAACCUGAAAGUGUGUCUUUUUCUGAGUCUUUGUACAUGCAAGGUUGUUGAUCCAUGUGUGUGUGUGUGUGUGUGUGUGUGUGUGUGUGUGUGUGUGUGUGUGUGUGUGUGUGUGUGUGUGUGUGUGUGUGUGUGUGUGUGUGUGUGUACGUGCUAGUCAGUGGAGUAGGUCUAAGUGUGUGUAUCAGUGUCUGACUAUAUUUAUAGUUAUGUAAACCUAUCUAUGAGCUCUUCCAGUUAUAAGGUCAGUUACUUUGUGUCCGUUCUCUCUCUCCUUCUCUCUUCCCUCUUAUCUCUAUGUCGAUAAAGUUGUAUAUUUAUUACACUAGAUCUGAUACCGUGUUGCUAUGGUUUUUACUUUGUCUCUUUUAUAUCAAAUCUGAUCAUAAGAAAUUAUGCUUUCUAUGGGAAGACAAUAAAACACGAUGUUGACUCC